AUGGACAGAAGAAACCAGACCUGCAUCUAUGAAUUUCUUCUCAUGGGCUUCUCUGAACACCAGGAGCAGCAGGCUCUUUUGUUUGGGCUUUUCCUGGUCAUGUACUUGGUCACUGUGUUGGGGAACCUGCUAAUCAUCCUGGCCAUUGGCUCUGACCUGCACCUCCACACCCCCAUGUACCUCUUCCUGUCCAACCUGUCCUUUUCGGAUAUUGGCUUUAUCUCUACAAUAAUUCCCAAGAUGCUAGAUCAUAUUAGCUCAGGAAUUAAGCUGAUUUCUUAUGGGGAGUGUCUGACACAACUCUAUUUCUUUGGCCUAUUUGCAGAUCUGGACAACUUUCUCCGGGCUGUUAUGGCCCUUGACCGCUAUGUGGCCAUCAGCCAUCCUCUCCAUUAUGCCCUAACCAUGAACUCCCAACGCUGUGUCCUGUUGGUGGCUGUGUCAUGGGUGAUCACUAUUUUACAUGCCCUAGUGCAUACCCUCCUAGUGACCAGGCUUUCCUUCUGUGGUCCAAAUAUUAUCCCUUACUUCUUCUGUGAUCUGGUCCCACUCCCGAAGCUGGCCUGCUCCAGUACUUGUGUCAAUGAUCUGGUGCUCAUCCUUGUGGCAGGAACACUGCUGGUUGCACCCUUUGUCUGCAUCCUUAUGUCCUACUUUUACAUUGCAUUGGCCAUCCUGAGAAUUGAUUCCCCAAGGGGUAAGCAAAGGGCCUUCUCCAGCUGCACUUCCCACCUCUCUGUGGUCUCUCUGUUCUAUAGCACAGCUGUCGGUGUCUAUUUAUGUCCUCCAUCAUCCCACUCAGAUGGAAAGGAAGUCUUCUCGGUCAUGUACAUGGUGGUGACUCCCAUGUUGAACCCCUUCAUCUACAGCCUGAGGAACAGGGAUAUGAAGGGGGCACUGGGAAAACUGCUUGGAAUAAAAACAUCCUAACACCCUUACUCAAGACCUUAGGAUCCUGACCCCAAGACUCAGAGCUGGGAGUGGAUCAGUCUCCUGAGAGCCCAACCACUAUAGCGUCUCUCAGCCCAAGACUUCAUUGUUGCCAUGUUUACAUUUUGAAAUGGAUGAGGAGAGAACCAGUGAUAUCAGUCAUCUUUAAUCAUCUUCACAAAAUGUUCAUGCCCUGACUAGUUCAUUAUCCACUCUCAGAAUUGUUGUUUGUUUUUGCCAAAUGCCUGCAUGUGGGGGACUUGUAUGCAUAUAAAAUGAAAACAAAAGUCUAAAUUUUUGUUUAGCUCAAGUUAUAAAGGAAUUCCAGUAAGUGGCAUGAGGGGGAAAUGUGGAAAUGUUUAGAACUUGUGGUAUAUCUAAUAUCCUCUGAAAUGCCUUAAAAAUAAUGAUGUAGGUCUGAGAGUGCUGUAGGAGGUCCAUGAUAUAUUGAUGAGAGAAACAAAGAAAGCUCCAGAACAAAUGAUCCUAUUUUUAUAAAAACAAAAUUUUAUAUAUGCAUGUUCAUAUGUGCAUAGAAAUUGUCUAAAUGGGUACAUGUCACAAUAAUAGCAAUUACUCCUAGAGAGAAAUCAGGUAGGGAGUGGUGAGAAACACUCUCAGUUUUUAUUCAACAUAUGUCUUACUGCUAAUUUUUUAAAAAUAUAAGUAUGUACCACUAAAAAAAGCAAGUAAGACGCUGCAUCUCUAAGAAAGAACUAAGGGCAGGGAGACAGUCCCUCCCUGCCUUGACCAUGUCGAAAUUUCUGUGGGCUUCCUUCUCAAAGCCAAAUUUGGAGCACAUGUAGUCAACCCCAUGUCCAGACUGAUCUCCCAGGCCCUGGCUGCUCUCCUGGGAUCAGCUGAGCUGCCAAGCCACAGUCACUAAUACUGACACCAGGAGCACUGUCUCAUGGGCCUCACUCCCCAGAGAAGUCAGUGAGGUUGGACAAUAACACAUUUGGGACUCCAUGCUAGUGAGAACCAUGGAAUCCACGCAGAAGCAUGUGAUAAAACAUCAGCUCCCAGCACCUUCCCCAGACAGGUCCUCCUGCCCCUGAAGAGCAGAAGCACCACCAGGAGUCUGGUGGCUCUACCCCUACAGCCCCUCCCUGAUGCUUUUCUUUCUUCUAUUCUUGGAAAUUUCCUCUGUCUUCGCUGAGUGGUCAGCUCCACGCUGCUGUCAAAACAAGACAUGAUGACAGAUGCUGCCUGAGGCGGAUUGGGAGAGCCAGGGCCAGUACAGCUGAAAGAAAUGGAAAAGCGAAUCCUGAAAUUCAGAUGAAAUUGCCAGAAACAAUGAGUAGCCAAAACUAUCUGGGAAAAAAAUGAACAAAUUUGUAGAACCUACACUUUCCUAUUUCCAGAAUUAUUACAAAGUUAUGAAAUAAAAGAGGAGACAAACAAAUGGAAGAACGUUCCACGCGCACGUGUAGGAAGAAUCAAUAUCGUGAAA